AUGUCAAUUCCUCAUGGUAUGCUGGUUUAUAACAAUGACAUCACGGCCGAUAGCUUGGUAGACACGAAGGGCACGCGCAAGAUAACUGAGGAAAUCUCAAGCAAGAUGCCGAAUUCCUCACUGUUUAAACUGGAGAAGGAGGAUCACACGUUAGCCAACCUUCUCCGCAUGAAGCUGCAUGAGGAUGCGCUGGUACAUAUUGCGGGAUACCGUGUGCCUCACCCGACGCAGCACCGCGUGGAGCUUCGCGUGCAAACUUCGUCAGAUGGCUCAGGUCGUCCUAUUCCUUCACCGAAGGAUGCCUUGUUGGAGGCGAUUGAUGCGUGCAUGCGGGACCUUCAAAGCUUUGAAGAACAACUUCGCUGGGAAGCUCAGUCAAAGGGUCUGCAGGCGGAGUAA